AUGCUUGUUUUUAAAGCGAGGGAAACGGCGACUCAAAGUUUUCUUAAUCAUGGUUUACGGUCGUAUAACGCAUCACGUACUGUGAUUGUCUCCCUAAGAACCGGCAGUUAUCCUUUGCUUAGCUAUCCAAGGCGCCCCAUAGGUGCAAGUGCAUCAGCAUUGAGAAUUCAAAGGCUUCAACAAAUUUCGUCCCGUCAAGUAUCAGAGACCGAAGACUUGCUCUCGAAGUCUAAAAAUGCGCCUUUCUUAUUCGAUCCAGAUUCCCUUUACAUUAUCUCCAUCCCUAUCACUACUCAUCGUUCAUACAUAUUUUGCAACCAUAAACCAUCAUUCUUAAAAGGUGGUCAGACUUUACCAUUCUAUGUCAAAAUCGAAACAAAGCUCACAGGAUUGGCUAAUAAAGGUUGGGAAAAGCUUAAGAACUCUAAGGUCUCAGUCAAUCAAAAGGUGGUCACUCUAGCCAAGAAGCUUCUCGAUACAAUUCCCUACGAUGAAAGCUGUCUUCAGUCUUUUCCAGCUAAAAGAGUUAUGGUGAGAGAAAUAAAUGAGGAACAUCUCAAGGAAUUACCUAAAACGAUGGUGACCGGAUCCGUGGAAGAUCACAACAUUUCGGCUGAUCAAUUGAAGCCAAUUCCGGUUUACCAUCCACGUUUCCAGGAUGCACUGGCCGUUCUCUCCCAGAUGCACCUGUUCAAAGAUCAAUUCGGUAGCUAUCAUCGGAGAUGGGCUUUUUGGAGUGCCAUCGGCAUUCCAAUAACUCUUCCGUUUGCACUUGUGCCUGUAUUGCCAAACGUUCCAGGAUUCUACUUGGCUUAUAGAUUCUAUUGUCAUAUUAAAGCACUUAUGGGGGUCAAGAAUCUUGGGUACUUGUUGCAAACAAAGGGCAGCGAUAGAGAAGCUGAUCCCACCGUUGACGAUACUACGCAUUUGACAUUUAAGGCAUGUUCUAAGUUAGACAUCCCAUAUUUGGCUGAUGCCACCUUCAGUAAAGUAAAAGCGGAAGACAAUAGCGAAAGUGAGCAAAUUAUCCUCACUCACGAAACGAUUGAUAGAAUUGUGGAGUACUGUGGCCUCACACAAUUGAGAGACGAUCUUCACAAGGCAUUGAAGCAGUCAACUGCCAGGCUUAAGGAACGUCUAGGCGAGGAAACAGUGCAAUAA